AUGAAGAACAUCAUCUUUCUCGCGUCCACCCUUCUCUUCGCCCUCGGCACGAUCGCAGCACCAGCCGCAGAGGCAGAGGCACUGGGACGGAUCCCGGUUCCACCUUACUGCUACGAGGAAUGCACAUCAGGAUGGCUCACGGCCAUCCCACUAUCGGCUGUUAGAGGGACGGCAGGCUUCGGAGACCCAGUCUUUGGAUUUGAGAGCAGAGAAGGGACCGGUAUGGUGGACAGAUGGCGCGUAAGGCUGGAUGGUGGACCAAGUGGAGGUUUUGGUGAAAGAGCAGGCGGAGGAGCAGGCAGAGGAUGGGUGGAGGGAGCAGUCAACGAGGGCAGCUUGAUCGAUUUCCUUUUUUGGGCGAGCUCGGAAGUGUAG